AUGAAAGCCUGGCUCCUCGCUUUGGGGCUUGCCCUCUGCUCUUCUGUCCAGGCUGAAUGGGAAGCCGUGAGCACAUCCAAUCUUGAAAAGGUUGAGGGGGACUGGUACGGUUUAGCGAUUGCAAGUAACUCAACGGAGUUCUGCAGUCAGCAUGAAAACAUGAAAGUGUUUGCUGGCAGCGUGACAAAAAGAGAGGAGAACAAGUUUACAAUUGUAGCCAAAAUGAAAACAUCAGACGGGUGCCAGACAAUAGAAUCUGACUUCAUAAAAACAGAAGAUGGAAAAUACUUCGGUCAAUGUGGAGAGGCAGGGAUGUUCGUGGACUCAGCAAUGGUCCUGGGCGACUAUGGCAUGGCCACUGUCACCAUUAUGACGAUGGGCACGACCUUCAAAGUGACGACACUCUACGGUCGGACUGCAGCUCUGAAGCCAGAGAUGCAGCAGAAAUUUAUCAACGAAUGCAAAAAGCUUGGCNGAUUCUUCGACCGAGAAGGAGAAAGGAGUGCGCGAGAUGAAAGCCUGGCUCCUCGCUUUGGGGCUUGCCCUCUGCUGCAUCGUGCAGGCUGA